GUGUCAACCAAACGUCGCGACUCACCACGUUUUAUAAAGCCCUUUUUUCCUGAGACGUCAAGUGUAAAACAUGCCGUUAGCCAAGGACUUAUUACACCCGCUCCCAGCGGAAGAAAAACGCAAGCACAAGCUAAAGCGUCUUGUACAACACCCAAAUUCAUACUUUAUGGAUGUCAAGUGUCCCGGAUGUUAUAAAAUCACCACUGUGUUUUCACAUGCCCAAGGAGUUGUCGUCUGCACUGGAUGCUCAACGAUCUUGUGCCAACCAACUGGCGGACGGGCUAAACUCACAGAAGGAUGUUCAUUCAGAAAAAAGCCCUAUUAAAUGGGUCAUCAUGCAUUUCCAUCUAUACUACCAUACACGUAUAAUAAAUUGAAUGCAAAUUUUACAUCAUAAAA